AUGACUUUAUCCCAAUGCAGUUCAACAGAGACACUCAAAGACCCCAGGGUCACAACACAAUCAGUUGACUCAAGCCCUAAUCUAUCACCCCGCGAUGAGAAGGAUAUUACUGUACCAUCAACACCCGCGGAGUCAAUCAACCUUGAGAGUCAAACCCCCGCACCACCACCAUACCAUGUUUUCCCUCGGUCUCGCAAGCUGCAACUGGUUUGCAUCGUCUCUCUCGCUGCCAUCUUCUCCCCAUUAUCUUCCAACAUCUAUUUCCCCGCUCUCUCCGAGAUUUCUAAAGAGCUCAAUGUGUCCAUGUCUCUAGUCACUUUGACUGUCACAGUAUACAUGAUUGUCCAAGGCCUUGCUCCCAGCUUCUGGGGCUCUUUCUCGGAUGUGCUCGGCCGCCGUGUUAUUUUUAUUGGUACAUUUGCUGUAUACAUCAUUUCUAACAUUGCACUGGCUGUUUCCACAAACUAUGGAGAGCUCAUGGCAUUCCGAGCUUUGCAGGCCGCGGGAAGUGCCGCAACUAUCUCGAUCGGUGCGGGUGUCAUUGGUGACAUCACUACCUCAGCAGAGCGAGGCAGUUUGAUUGGAAUUUUCGGUGGUGUACGCAUGUUGGGCCAAGGUAUUGGACCAGUGUUCGGUGGUAUUUUGUCUCAAUACCUCGGAUUCCGAUCUAUCUUCUGGUUCUUGGUUAUCGUGUCCGGAAUCAGUCUCACCUCUAUCCUCGUGUUCCUCCCAGAGACGCUUCGUCCGAUUGCUGGAAAUGGCACUGUCCCCCUCAACGGUAUCCACAAGCCAUUCAUUUACUACGUGACCGGCCAGAAAGAUGCUGAAGAGAGUUCAAAGCCCACCGGCAAGAAGGCCAAGGUCACCUUGAAGACUGUGCUAGCACCUCUCACUUUCUUGGGCGAGAAAGAUGUCUUCAUCACCUUGUUCUACGGAAGUAUCGUCUACACUGUUUGGUCAAUGGUUACCUCUUCUACAUCAGCCUUGUUCGAAGAGAAAUAUGGUCUCAACUCUCUGGAAGUCGGCCUGACCUUCCUUGGAAAUGGCUUCGGCUGUAUGACCGGCUCCUACACCAUCGGAUACCUGAUGGACUUCAACCACAAGCGCACCGAACGCGAAUAUUGUCAAAAGCACAAUCUGCCCAUUGAUACUCGCAUCAACUCCAAGUCCCACCCUGACUUCCCUAUCGAGUACGCUCGCAUGCGCAACACCUGGUGGAUCACUGCCAUUUUCAUCGUUUGUGUCGCUGUCUACGGAUUCUCCCUCCGUACCCAUCUCGCCGUGCCUAUCAUUCUCCAAUUCAUCAUCGCCUAUGGAUCUACCGCUAUCUUUACUAUGAACAGUGCCCUCGUGAUCGAUCUGUAUCCCGGUGCAAGUGCUAGCGCUACAGCAGUCAACAACCUGAUGAGAUGCUUGAUCGGUGCCGGAGGUGUUGCAGCCUCUCAGCCAAUCAUCGAUGCCAUCACUGCUCAAUGGACGUUCCUUCUGCUUGCGGGUAUUACCCUCGCUAUGGUACCUCUCUUGAUGGUCGAGAUGAAGUGGGGAUACGGAUGGCGCCUUGAGCGCCACGAGCGGUUCCAGAAGAAGGAAAACAAGGCUUGA